UGUAUUAAACAUGUAUAUUUGUAAAAUAAUAAAAAUUUCAUUUAAUUUCAAAUAAAAUUGUACAGAUAAUUUAUUUUUGAAUAUAUCAAACAGCAAAUCUUCAAUAAUGUCAUUUUUUAUUCGUGAAGGACAAAACAAGAAACUAAGUGGAAUUAAAAGAAAAUUUUCAGAUAAAAAGAGUACCAAAAAAUUUAAGAAACAACCAGAAAAUGAAGAAAUAUCAUCCGAUUCAGAUUUUGAAUCGGAUCAAAACAAUUUAAACGAUGCCGAAGAAAGUUCUGAAGAUGAAAAUUUAACAACACAAGAACGACGUUUAAAAUUAGCCAAAGUAUAUUUAGAAGAAAUAAAACGACAAGAAGAAAAACGUGCUGAAGAAAAAGAAUUUCAUGAAUCGAAUGUGUCACAACGUUUAAAAGAUGAUUUAUUGGAGCAAACGGGACGACUGCAUAAAAAUAUCGCGGAUACGAUUGAUCGUGUUGAUGUUGAAAGUAUUCAUCGAUGGAAAACAAAAUGUAAUCGAGAUGCGGUUACGUGUAUUGUUUUAUCGAAGGACAAUGACACGUUGUAUUCGGCGACGAAGAGUGGUGUGAUUACCAUGUAUUCGUUAAAAACCAAACAGAAAACACACUCAUUACCUUUUAAAAAGGUUAAGGAACCUCAAGAAAAAUUACAUAUACGGGAUUUAUCGAUAUCGUUCGAUAAUAAAUUUUUGGCAGUGGCGCAGGGUAAAAAUAUAAUAAUUCGCGAUGGGAAAUCAUUAAAUGAAGUACACAUCUUUAAAGGACAUUCAACUGACGUCACAGGCGUUGUAUUUCGACAAGAUAGUCAUCAAUUAUUUUCUUGUAGUAACGAUCGAUCUGUAAAAGUAUGGUCCUGUGAUCAAAUGAGCUACAUUGAAACUUUGUUUGGCCAUCAAAGUGGUAUAACGUCUAUCGAUGCGUUAUUUCGAGAACGUGCCAUUACGUCCGGUGGAUACGAUUGUACAUUACGCGUAUGGAAAAUUCCAGAGGAUUCACAAUUAAUAUACAAUGGACAUUCGGGGAGUAUCGACUGUGUGAAAUUAAUCAAUGAACAAACUUUUGUAUCGGGAGGAAAUGAUGGCUCCUUACAUGUUUGGGGCAGCAUGAAAAAGAAACCGCUCUGUACGAUUAAAAAUGCACAUGGUAUCGAUUCAACCAACGAUUUACCCAAUUGGAUCGUUUGUAUAGCUGCGUUACUCAAUUCGGAUUUAGUUGCAUCAGGAUCAUACGACGGUUUUAUUAGAUUAUGGAAAGUCACUGAUUCAUUUCGAAACAUGAAACAAAUUUUGGAAAUUCCAGUCAACGGAUUUGUGAAUCAAAUGAUGUUCUCUCAAAAUGGUGAUUAUUUAAUAGCCGCCAUCGGCCGAGAACAUCGUAGCGGUCGGUGGUGGAACAAAACGGACGCUGUUAAUUCUGUAAUUAUAAUUCCUUUAGUUAAAAAAAAUAAAAAAAAUUAA